UCCUUCUUCCCAUUUCCAUCAUGUUGUUUUACCCUUCCUCUGCGUCAUGAUGUUGGUCACAAAAUUAAAAAACUGAAUGAAAAAUUAGGUAAGAUUCUCAAUGACAGAGAGAAUUAUGGGAUGGACUUUAACAGGCAACCUGAAAUGGUUGAGCGACCAAGAACUACGUCCUUUGUGGAUGAGUCAGAUAUAAUUGGUCGUGAUACGUAUAGGGAUGACCUACUGAGCGUCCUCUUAGGCAAGGGUAGUCCAAAGGAAAGAAAACCCCAUGUCAUAUCUUUGGUGGGCAUGGGAGGUCUUGGAAAAACCACUCUUGCCCAAAUAGCCUACAAUCAUAGUGAGGUGCAGGCCCAUUUUGAUAAAAGAAUGUGGGUUUGUGUUUCUGAUCCUUUCGAUCAGUGCAAGGUUGCCAAAGCAAUCAUUGAAUCUUUUGAGGCUCCUCCCAACACUACUGAAUUACAAAGUUUGUUAGAUAAACUUUAUAGUUUGAUUGGGGGAAAGAGGUUCUUUCUUGUCCUAGAUGAUGUGUGGACUGAAGACUUCACAAAAUGGGAGCCUUUCAGAAAUGCACUCAAAUGUGGUGCCGAAAGUAGUAGAAUUCUAGUGACCACACGUAAAACUAGGGUUGCAAACAUGAUGGAGAGUUCCCUCAUAAUGGAUUUGGGGGUAUUGUCCUCCAAUGACUGUUGGUUAAUUAUCAAGAAAGUAGCAUUUUUUGAUGAUUAUGGAGAGCAAUGUAGGGAAUUAGAAGACCUGGGCAAACAAUUAGCAAAUAAGUGUAAAGGUUUGCCACUUGCUGCAAAGACUUUAGGGGGUUACAUACGUGGUAAGAUAAGUAAAAAAGAGUUGGAGAAGGUUUUGCACAAUGAUUUAUGGGAAUUAGAAGAUAUUGAAAAGGGUCUUUUGGGGCCAUUUUUUUUGAGUUAUUAUGAAUUGUCCUCAUCAGAGAAACAAUGUUUCUUAUUUUGUGCUGUCUUUCCAAAAGAUUAUCAAUUCAAUAAAUUUGAGUUAAUCAUCAAUUGGAUGGCACAAGGAUAUAUCAACUCAAAAGGAAAUAUGGAGAUGGAAGUCAGAGCAGAGCACUACUUUGAAAAUUUAGCCAUGCGCUCUUUUUUUCAAGACUUUAAGAAAGAUAAUAAUGAUGGUAAAAUUGUAAGUUGCAAAAUGCACGAUAUAGUGCAUGACUUUGCGAAAUCAAUGGCUAAAGAUGUGUGCUUCAAAAUCAAUUAUAGGGGUGACAAGGUUGCGAAAGACUUUAAGAGGGCUCGUCAUUUGUCUUUAAUAUUUAGAGAAACAUUUCCUGAGUUUGUCUAUGAAGCGAAAAAUCUACGCUUUUUAAAUUUGGAUUUUAUUUCUUCUCCGAUUGUCCAACCCAAGUUAUUCGACCAUUUGACAUGUAUCCGUACAUUACAUUUGGAAGGUAAGUCCAUUUUGGAACUUCCAAAUGAGGUGGAAAAAUUGAUACAUUUAAGAUUACUCAAGUUAUCUUAUAUAAAGAUAAAAGAAUUGCCUGAAAGUAUAUGUAAUUUAUGUAAUUUACAAAGUUUGGAUGUUAGUGACUGUUCGGAACUUGAUAAAUUACCACAUGGGAUAGGUAAACUAAUUAACUUAAGACACCUCCUGCUUUUUGAUGGAGUUAUAAUAAAAUCAUUUCCGAAGGGAAUUGGGAGAUUAACUUGUCUUAGAACAUUAAAAUACUUUCUUGUAGAUAAGGGCGAAGAAAUAUGUAAACUGGGAGAAUUAGAACAUUUGAACCACAUUCAAGGGGAACUUCAAAUAAGAGGGUUGAGAAAUGUGGUAGAUUUUGGUGAGGUCAAGAAUGCAUUGAAGACGAAGAUCCACCUCCGUGAUUUGUCGCUAUUUUUUAACACAUUAGAGGAAUUGAAAAGCAAAUCUGAAAAGGAAACGGAAGAGGAGGAAGAGGAAGAGACAGAGGAAGAAAGAAGAAGAAAAAUGGAGAAAGAUGUAGCCAUUCUAAAUGCCUUAGAGCCACCUCCCCGCUUGGAAUCUUUAGCAAUUCGUCUUUAUAAGGGCACCACAAUGUAUCCUAAUUGGAUGAUGUCCAAAUUGACCUAUUUGAAAAGCCUUUAUCUCUAUAGAUGCCCAAACCUAGAGCAGUUGCCUCCUUUGGGGAAGCUGCCGUUGCUCGAACAAUUAAGGAUAGAGCUUGCUUAUAUGAUUCGAAAGGUGGGAGAUGAAUUUUUGGGAAUAGACAUAGAAGAAGAAGAAUUAUCAGAAUCAUCCAAAGACAUCAUCAUAUUCCCAAACCUUAAAUCUCUCAGCUUCUGGGGUUUGUUCAAGUGGGAAGAAUGGAGUGGGAUGGGAGGAACAAUAGAAGAAGAAGAAGAAGAAAAAGAUAAUAGUGCUAAUGCUUUUGUUACAAAUAACACUCCAAAAAUUAAAAUAAUGCCACUUCUUCAUUCCUUGGCACUUGUGGGGUGCCACAAUCUAAAGUCUCUGCCAGACUACCUGCGUAAUACUCCAUUACUACAUCAAUUGUACAUCUAUGCAUGUCCAAUUCUGGAGCAGCAUUGCGAAAGAGGGAUAGCAGAUUACUGCCCCAACAUUUCUCACAUUCCAUACAUCGUAAUUGAACCGGAAACAGGCCGUCAACUUCGAGACAGCAGUGAUUCAGAGAUGCAUGAUGAUAGUGACCAGAUGCAAGUAGAUGCAGAAGAAGCUGGAGAAUCAUCAUAUAGCUUCUGUGAAAUUUGUCUGGAAAGGAAAGAUAGUGACCAGAUGUUCAAAACUGAGAGUUGUGUUCACUCAUUUUGCUCUGAUUGCAUUGGCAAACAUGUUGCCACAAAGAUCCAAGAAAGCAUAACCGUUGUUACUUGCCCUGGAUUGGACUGCAAGGGUGUCAUAGAACUCGAUGCUUGCAGGGCAGUGCUUCCGAAAGACGUGUUGGACAGGUGGGACAAGGCUCUAUGCUUCCGAAACACUGAUGAUGUGGUUGAGGACAGUAAUCACGAGGAAGACGAUGGGGCUGGGUUUGAGGCGGAUGAACAAGUGGAAGUAAACAUUGAUGAAGGGAAUUUUUAAAUCUGGACAGUACAGGGCAGUUGACAUGCACAGAAGAAGACAGAUACAUUAUGAUGAGACUGGGUAGUAAGAGCAGGGUGUUAAAGAAAACAAUGAACGAGGAGGCAUGCAUGUGGAUUGAUGAUGAUCAAGAUAAUGAAUCUGGGCAAGAAAUCAAUGACAGAGAUUAUGUGGUUAAGGUAUACAAGAUUGAGGACAUUAGUGAUGAAGAAGAUGGGACUAAGCAUAAGGACUUAUCAAAAAAGAAGAUUGGACUAAGUAUAAGGCGGAUGAAGAAGUGGAAUAGAGAAUGAUAAGAAGGUUUUUGCAGAGCUGAACAGAACAGGGCGAUUGGCAUACACAGAAGAAGAUAGAGACUUUAAAGAUGAAUGAUGAGGAAAUUAGGAGGUUUGGCUUACAGUUGCAGCGGCUGGAAUACUAAAGACAAUUGACGAUGACAUUCUAGUAUUCCUCGAGGCAGACACAACUCUAAAAUCUGAUGGUCAUGUAUAUCUCCCGAUAGAAAACCAUGAUUACACUACUGUCCGGAGGCUCAAGAAAUAAUUCAUGCAACCCAUGUUCAAUUGUAAUGUAUUAAGAAUGAUACCUGUGUUGUCAAGUUAAUGGGCUGCUACAUUGGCAUGGAUGUGCAUUAAUGAUGAUCAAGACAGUGAACAAGAAAUCAAUGACAAAGAUUAGGUGGUUGAGGUAUACAAGAUUGAGGAUAGCGGUGAUUAAGAAGAUGGGACUAAGCAUAAGGACUUAUCAAUUAGACUAAGUAUACGAUGGAUGAAGAAGUGGAAGUAGACAAUGAUGAAAGCGUGAUUUGCAAAGUUGAACAGUACAGGGCGAUUGACAUACACAGAAGAAGAUAGAUACAUAUUAUGGGACAGGGUAGUAAGAGGAGGGUGUUGAAUCAAACAGAGACUUUAAAAAGACGAAAUGAUGAGGGAUCAUUAAUUUUAGAUACAAGUGGAGGUUUUUUGAAUGAUGAUAGUGAGAGAGAAGAGGGAUCUAAAGCCUCUGUUAACUCUCCCUUUUGCAGCAUUUCUUUGACUAUUGCGUCAGAACCAGAAGGAUCACUCCCUCUCUUGCCACUCUUAGGGAAAUUAGGAGGUGUGGGCUUACAGUUGCAGUGGUAGGAUACUGAACACAAUUGAUGAUGACAUUCUAGUACUCCUCAAGGCGUACACAACUCUAAAAUUUGAUGGCCACAUUUUUGAUUUUUUGAUAAGAAGCUCAAUAAAGUGGUCAUACACCCCAUGUUCAAUCAUAAAGCAUUAAGAAUGGUAUCAUUGUCAUCAAGUUAAUGGGCCGCAACACUGGAAAUUUGGAGGACGACCAUUAAAGUUGUUGUGGCUUGAUUUCCUAAAAAUCAUUGACAAUGUCACAGCAAUUGGAACUCCGAAACAGCAUAAGACUAGAAGAUACAAACCAUUUAUGAGGAAGGGAGAUCAAGAUCAAUCUCAAAGAAAACAACCCAUUUGGCUGGUCAUGGAUUCAGCUGUGGAAAGAAAUAAGCAUGAGCCUGAAUCUUCCAGUCCAAAAGGAAAGUUAUGAGAGAUUGACUCUUAAAAUAUGACGUUGGGCUUCUAAUCCCCUACUCCUUUGCAAAUCUGCCUCCAACAAAUGCGUGUGCAAAACUCCACUCAAACUUCAUGCACGGUUGAUAGAAAGGGCCCAUAGAAACUGACAAUGGCAAACAGAAUGGCAAGGCAGCUAUACCAGAUGCUUGGGUGUGGCAAAUCAAAGAUCAGCUCAUCAGGGUUUAUUUAUUUCUCCUUGCCAAAAGAAACAAUCCCCGCAUAUAAAGGAAGUUUGGCAAGAACUUGGGGAUAUAAGCAAAGAUCCUAAACAGCCAAUGAAAUCACAGAUGAGGAUCAUUAAGCUAGUUGCACAAAGUUAUAUGCAUGGAAAAUGGUGUUGUGCACUAUGGUGUUGAGCUUUAUAGCGACGAUGACUUCAAAAAUUGGGUUUUAGUUUCACCAUUUGAAGCCUUAAUGUCUUCGUUUCCUCCUCAUCAUUAGGCAUUCAUUGAAGUUUAAACCUAUUGGAGAAGCACAGUUUUAUAUUGGUGAAAAUUGUUGAGCAAGGAUGCACCUCAGAUAGCCAUGUCUUACAUUCUGGUGCAAGAUAUAUUUGCAUGUCAUGGAUGUGAAGAAGAAAUAAGGUCAACCAGUGACAAAUGAAUUGGAAACUAGGCAAUUGGCGUUAAGCAUAUCUGUGAGAGAAGUGCUAGUGUGUUAAUAAUGUUCAAUCAGCCAGUGGUAUAUGAAUGCUUUGGUUCAUCAUCCCUUGGUGAUUCUCCAAACAAUUUGGGAGGCUACUAGCUAUGUGAUGACACGGGGCAAUCAAUCAGCCAUUACUUUUACUGUUUGUUAAUGUAGAUCAACUUGGAAUAAGAUUAGGGAAAAGCAUUUAGUUGUUGAUUGGAGGGGUUGGUUUUGUUUUCAGCUGCUAUUUGCAAGCAAUACCUUCAUUUCUUGGCUAACUGUUAUGAGAUACUUCCCACUCCUGACAUGGCUAGUAAAUGAGCAAAGGAAAUGAAAGAAGAAACACUACUACCUGCAGUGCACUGCGCGGUGGGAAUCUGCUUUUGGACUUGUUGGCAGUGACGAGGAGGAGGGAGCAAAGAAUGCAGAGAAAUUCUGAUGAGUAGCAGGAGCUCAAGAAGGUCUUCAGUGGUUUGUAAGGAAAUUUGGAGGACUACCCCCAAAGUUUUUUUGGCUGGACUUCCUAAAAUCAUUGACAAUUGUCACAUUAAUUGGAACUCCGAUCAAAGAAAGGUCCUCUGGAUUUUACAAAUAGCAUAAGCCUAGAAGAUUAACACAAAAAACUUGCAAUGGAUGAUGAAGAAAGGUCAAGAUCAAUCUCAAAGAGAAAAUCCCAGCUAUGUGGUCACAGAUUAACACUACUAGUCAUGGGUUGCCAAAUGGAGAUACAAUUGUGAUCUCGUUUAUGUGUACUGCAAGAGAAAGUUGGCGUCAAUGUUGGGCUGCAUAAGAUGGAUCCUAAUUACAUGAUCUGUGUUGUUCUGAGCAAUGCAUCUGAAAUGUGUGCUCAACCCUCCUUGCACACAGGGCUAUUCAUGGUUUAGUGGUAGGGUAUAUGGAUUAUAUUCACAGUCGAGCCUAUUAAUGGGAGGCAUGCUUACAUUCCAUUCCCUUGUUCAAUUGAGAAACAAAGCAAGGUCAUGAUAAAUGACAUGAUGUGGGCAUAACAACAGUCUUCAACCAAUCAGUCGAGUUUCUUAAUGACUUGGACCAUACAGAUGUCCUUGAUCGAGGAUAGAAAGAAGGGAUGUACCACAAAUCUUAUCAAUAUAUAGGCAGAACCAUUUGGAAGCAACAAGAUCUAAGCAUAUAUGAGUUCCCAAAGAUGUAAUGAGGACACAGUGAAGAAGAACCACUUGGAACACCAUUUUAGAAGCAAAAAUGGCUUAAUAAAGUGAUUAGCAGCACUUUCCAAUCAGAGUAGCUGUUAAUUUGAUGUUUUCUGUGUUAUUGUAUCCCUUUGUUUUUUCCUGCAUGUUGAUACUAAUUAUGUCAAGUACGUCCUCUAAAAUCUUUGUGGUUUGUUCUAGCAUUGCUGAUUUGUAAGAUUUUUGGGUGAAAUUAUCCUAUGUAGAUGGGGCCUACUUGAGCUUCUUGACACAAUGCUUUCGUAAAGAACCACUGUAUAUUAUUUUGAAUAUAAAGAAAUCUGAGUCUGCAUGCGUAUCUUUGAAAAA